GGAUGUUAUGAAAUCAGUACUGUUGCUGAAACUUAGUGAAGGUCGCUUGGAGUCCUCUCUCUCACCCACACACAUACACACACACACUUCACCUGGCACUCACACACUCACACACACAUCCUCGUGCAGAGAGCUGAAGCUCAGCUCAGUCCCAGUCCUCUGCUACUCGAGUGAGGAGCCUGCCAGUGAUCGGACUGUCGCCUGAAGCGAAGAGGCCGAGCCGGUGUUGAUUCAAUUUUACAGCCCAGUCACUCUCUCUGAAGCUCCGAUUAGUCAGCCGAGGGAGACGAGGGGGAGAGAGGAGGAAGAAGAAGAAGAAGAAGAAGAAGAAAAGGAGUAGUGAUGGCUAUGACCGACAUUGCAGAGGAUGACCUGGAUGAGAUGAUGCGUGAGGAAGCGGAGGAUGUCUUCUACGAGGACGGUGUGUCGUCCCGUGUCCCGGAGAUCAUGGCGGCCAGCACCCACUCCCCCGGAGGACCCAACGGUAUAAUACGGAGUCAAUCCUUCGCCGGCUUCAGCACUCUACAGGAGCGUCGCUCUCGGUGUAACUCCUUCAUGGGGAACUCAGCGGUACAGAAGAAGCCUCAGUCCAAGCCAAAGAAGCCCCACCUGUCAGGACACAAAGGAGGCAGCAGCUCCAGAGAGCCGCAGCCCAAAAGACUGGAGGAGGUUUACACUGCACUCAAACAAGGCCUGGAUGAAUAUCUUGAAGUUCAUCAAACAGAGCUGGACAAACUCAUGUCUCUGAUGAAGGACAUGAAGAGGAACUCUCGCCUGGGAGUGCUGUACGAUCUUGACAAGCAAAUCAAAACCAUUGAGAGAUACAUGAGACGUCUGGAGUUUCACAUGAGCAAGGUGGACGAGCUGUACGAGGCCUUCUGCAUCCAGAGCCGUCUGAGGGAAGGUGCCAGUCGGAUGAAGCAGGCCUUCUCCUCCUCUCCCUCUACUAAAGGCACCAAGGAGAGCAUCGCAGAGGUCAACCGCCGCUACAAGGAGUACACUGAGAACAUGAGCACGUUCGAGAGCGAGCUGGAGAACCUGCUCGGGGAAUUUCACAUCAAAAUGAAAGGUUUGGCAGGCUUUGCUAGGCUCUGUCCUGGAGACCAGUAUGAGAUCUUCAUGCGGUACGGUCGCCAGCGGUGGAAGUUGAAGGGAAGGAUUGAAGUCAACUCCAGACAGAGUUGGGAUGGAGAUGAGAUGGUCUUCAUGCCUCUCAUCACUGACCUUAUCAACAUCAAGGUGACGGAGCUGAAGGGCCUGGCCACUCACAUGCUGGUGGGCAGCGUGAUCUGUGAGACCAAGGAGCUGUUUACUGCCAUGCCUCAGGUGGUGGCUGUGGACGUUAAUGACCUGGGGACCAUCAAACUCAACCUGGAGGUCACGUGGUACCCUUUCGAUGUCGAGGACCUGACUCUGUCGUCUGGCAACGUGAGCAAAGCUACAGCUCUCCAGAGACGAGUGUCAGUCUACAGCCAGGGCACGCCGGAGACCCCCACCUUCCAGGACACCUCCUUCUUUUGGCGGCCAUAUCCUGUGGAACGCCAGCGCCUCUCCUUCCUGCACAUGCUCCGAGACACCCUGCUAGAGAAGCUAAGGCGCAGUCGUUCGUUUGGUGACCUGGCCUCACUCCGGCCAAGGCCCAAAUCCAGUCUGGAGGUCUAUUCCACUUUGCCGGAUGAUGUCUUUGAGAAUGGUGGCUGCGGCGUGGCCGAGUGCAAGCGUCUCUCCUUCACCUUCUCCGACACCUCUGGUUCAACGCCCAGUCCCAGCCCCGCCCCGAGCUCCCACGCACAGUCCAACCCUGAGAUCACAGUCACUCCUCCAGAAACAGACCCAUCACCUGCACAAAUCCUCCCAACACGGGAGGACUCCAUAGCAGAGGAGCAUUUAGAGGAGGAAGAGGAGGAGGAGUACGAAGAGGAUGGGGAGACGGGCAGUAGAGGAAGUAGGGGCACUAGUGCCAGCCUCGCCAGCGAUGAAGCCGAGGUGGCGGAGGACUCUGAGUGGGAGCGAACAGAGUCCCAACGAAAUUCUGGCUCCAUCUGUGGUUCGGCUGCCCAAUUUCUCUGUUCCGACGGCCAGCUGUCCACAGUGGCUCCAGAGGACGUUUUCUUAGACCACACUGAUGAACUGAAACCUGUGGAACUGGACACAGAGGAGGCGGGCAGCCUGACUAGGCAGCUUGUGAAAAGGCUGACUUCUUCGGAAAUUGUGCCGCCAAGUGGGAGCUCCACGGAGGGAGGAGGAAGCCUGAGUUGGGCUGGAGAGGGAAGCAGGGCUUUCCUAGAGAGCAGCCUUGAAGAGGCCAUCCACAGCCUGCUGAUGAGGCUGGAGUCUCUAACUCACCGCUGCCGAGAGCUGCAGGACCUGGAGCAGGAAGUGAUGCGUCUGGAGGAUCUGCUCAAGUGUCGACUCCCAGGUCACAGGAGUCGAUCGUCCAGCCUCAGUCUGACAGUGGAGAGUGCCCUGGAGAGCUUUGACUUCCUCAACACCUCUGACUUCGAUGACGAAGACACUGGAGAUGACAACACCGUCCUCAACAUCCAACAGAGGUCUCCGCUUUUUGAUACAGAUGGAGAAAGGAUCGGGGGCCAGCAUCCAGAAGCCAGAGGACACCUGAGCGAAGCCCUGACAGAGGACACCGGGGUGGGAAACAGUGUGGCAGGAAGCCCCCUUCCUCUUACCACUGGAAACGAGAACCUGGACGUGGCAAUCGUCAUUCACCUGCAGUACUGUAAUCACCUCAUACAGAUGUUGACCAGUGGGGUGGGUGUGUGGCAGCGUCGCAGUCUUCUUCUUAAACUGUCCGGACAGACUCAGCUGUUAGAGGAGCUAGCAGAGAUCAGUGUGGACAGACUUGGAGCAAUUACCUCUGCUGCUGAUGUCUUGCCGGGCCUUGCUGAGCGCCCGCAGCUGAUGACUCUGUGGUCAGAGUGCAGCGGGUCUGCAGGACUUUUCCACACCACACUGGACAGAGUGUUCAAACACAUGAACCAGCGCUACACAGCAGUGCUGCAGGAGAGACACCCACAAGACGCCAACACAGUGAUCGGGGUUGUUGUGGGUGAGUUGGUGGACAGGGACGAUCUGGUGGCAGCACACAAUCCUCCUGUCGCUGCGCUCUCCCAGGACGUCCUCACUGUGUUUCAGUUCCACAGCUACAUCUUACAACAUGAAGUACAGGACAUGGAGACACACCUGCUGCAUCUGGCCAGAGAGGAUGUGUUUGCAGAGGCUCUGUGCAGUGGGGAUUAUUCUCGCUGUCUAGCAGAGCUUGAGCACGUGCCUGUGUCGUCCCUGUGGCCUAGAAACAGCACCCUGAGGGCCCUGGCCUCUCUGCUAACUGCAGAGGACCCUCAGGUCAACAAGGCAGCAGCAGACUACCUCUCUUCAGGAGCAUCACGCAGCCACUUCAAGACCAGGGCUGUGGAGUGCUACACCCAGGCGCUGUCAGAGGCUGGAGGUCAGAGCCAGAGGGCUGCCUGUUCAGCUCUCAGCUGUCUGCAGGCAGUAGAGAGUAUCAGGGCGGUCGUAGCACUGUGUGAUUCAGCUGAUGAAGAGCUUCGCCAUGUUGCCAUAGAAACCCUGCUCACAUUUGGUGAGGAGGGGCGGCUGGCGUACGAACAGCUGGACACGGUGCCGGGGGAAAUUUUCCGUCUAGGGACGCGGCGAGGAAACGCUGUCACCACUGCCUUCUGAGCCACCGUGCCACUGAAAACAUCACAAAUGACAUCUCAGCCCAAGCUCCAAGGACAGCACUGCCCCUCAGCUUUACCCCCCACACACUGCACACCUCACAGGGCUGUUAAUGACUGAUCACUUUAUUGAUCUGCUUUUUGGCGCAGACUUCUCCACACCGCCACAUUAAUCCACUGUUUUUACUGAUACUGCCUCCUUAAAAGGAACUAACACCAAACAAACUGUCUUAACCACAACGACACACAACCUAUACCCCUCCUGCACGCACACACACUUACACUCCUUGUUCCUCCAUCAUCUCCACUUUCACACACACUCUCCCCACCCUCCACCCUCCCUUCCUCUCCCUGCUUUCUGAGCCAGGCAGACCGGUCAGGUUGACUUUAACUGGAGAAGUGGAUUGGACACAGCCGCUGAAAGGUGCUCCAAAAGACUGUGGAAACUAGAAUUUCGAGCAAUGCAUCUUCAUAUAACCUCUAUCAACAAGCUAUUCACUGCACACAACACUUGUAUCACUUACUCACUGAUUAAUUAUCAUCUUGAUUGUUACAGUCAGUUGUGUUGCGCAAUAUACUAAUUAUGAUCUUUGUAUAAUCACUGUUUAUCACAUGUUUUAGUUGGUGGUUUUGCAUUAGGAAAUGUUUUCUGGCGCUUUCAGAAGAUUUGCACUCCUUGUAAGGCAUGUAAAUAUGGCAUAUUUUACACAGCCGGUGUAAUAUAUGUGCUUGUAUUUAAAAUAUAUUUUUAAGUUCCGUUUUUCUAGUACGUUCCAUUUUGAGUUUCAGGGAUUCUUGUAUGGUUGAAAGAUGUGUGUUUUGUGGCAGGGAGGACCAUUAAUAAAUUGAGAAUGGCUUCUAGGAGGAAGUGAUGUGGUUUAAAAGCUCUAGUUUAACAGCAGUUUACAGUCUUGAAUAGAUUUUGACCUCAGCUAUCUAUCACAGGAGGAACAGGAAAAACUGAAGGGCAGAGGUGAAACAGGUCAGCACAGUGCCCAAGGUUCACUCACUCAGCAGUUUAUAUCAGAGUUUUCUCAUACUUGCAGUUGAACAAGUGCAAUUUUUCUGUACAUACGUGACUUUUUGCACCUAGCUGACGUGAGAAGACGUUUGAUAAAGUCAGCUUUGACCAUUUGAGCCUUGAUAUGGUCGAACAGGCACGUUCCACAGAUACACUCUUUUGUAAAUGUAUUUUUCCUACCAGGUACGGAGCCAUUCGAGGGCAAUAAAUGUGGUAUAGGAUCGUACACUUUCUCAAUAAAUGUACAGAGAGGAGCUGAGUAAAGGUGUAGCCUCAGUUUGGGCUAACUGCACAUUUAUACAUUAUGUGAGCUAAUGGCAGGAUUAGAAAUUAGGCUUUUUUUUUUAUGAGAAGCUGCAGAAUGAAGUGUUCUGUUUGGUAUGUUUUGGGUAUGUUUAAUUUCCCUGCAACCUAACUGUAAUGUGGGGGAAACUGACCCGAGAUAGGCGCCUAAUACCAACUUUUCUCAUUGUAACUGUACUACUGAGUCUUGUGCUAGUGCACAGUGACAAAGCUCACAUUUGUUCACACAUCUUAUUUAUUAUUUACUCCUUGUAAUUCUAAUAUUCUUUGGAGUUAUACUGUAAUAGUGCAGAUGGCAUUGUUAUGUAAAUUAAUUGUAUAUUUAUGUUCUAUUUUGGAGCAGGUCUGGUAUUUGAAAUAUUGUUUAUCAUAUAAAAAGGCCUUCAUGUUAUGUUUAUCCAUGCAAAUGAUUUCAUGCUUAACUUUAAUUGGAGUUUAUUUUGAAUGAAUUAUAUUAGAUAAAUUAUUAUUUUGGAGAAUAUUAAGAUUUGCUAAUAGUAUUAUAGAUUUUGUUUCCCUAAAAGGUCCCAAUGGGACAUUAUAUAUUAGAAAUUUUACUUUAUUACUUAGAUUUACUGUAACCAAAGGAAAAAUUAAUUUUAAAAUGGUCUUUUAAUAAGAGUUCAUGAUUUAUUAAAGAGAAUGUAUGUAACACAGUGUUUGCAUUUUGGCCAGAAUACUCACUUAUCUUUAAAGCACAACUUAAAAAUAAGACAAACCCUUAAUAUAUGAAUCUUAUCAUUUGGUUCUAACUGCACAGUCCAAAAGCCAUAUUGAUUAAAAACCAGUAGUAAUAUUUUUAUGAAAUGUAUUUUCCUUUUUGUAUUGUAAUCUGUAAAUGUGUGAAGUUGUUACUAAAAGCUAAAGAUGGCUUAGGUUUUUUUUCUAUACAUCCUUUGCAAAACAUGGUCCAUAUUUUAAGUAACGGUUACUUUUAUUUCUUCUGAGAUGUGAAUAGCAUUACAGUAUUUUGGUAAAGUAUCUAAUUCACCCACUCAUUCAGUGUUUGUUAUUUUAUUUCCCUGAGUGAGCUACUUUCUUUUUACACACUUGUAGCUUACCAGUGUUAACUCAAGUUGAUUUGUUGGCUGUUGGAUUCCUAAUCACUAACUACAAGUUGUCACAAUCUUGAAUUAUUUAGAGAGUGGUUUUAAGAAUAUCUUUGCUGAAAUUGAUCUUUAUCCAUUUCUGUGGUCAAUAGCUUCUGUACUGAUCCAUUUAGUUGCAUACUACUCUUUCCAUUGUCAGUAUUUCCUCUGUUCAUCAAAAGUUGCAAUAAAAGUUUAUUUUUGCAUAAUUAAA